GGUAGGUAUUACUUAGAGGCAUACAGGUCCCAGAGGUAGGGGUACUGUGGUCUUCACAGCAUCAGCUUCCAUAAAGUGGAUAUGGCUGACAUCUAUGUUGAUGCUUUGGAUCCAGAGAAACAAAUACAGUGUCUGUAUGACAAGAACCACCAAAUAAGAGCAUGUAGGUUCCCCUAUCACCUCGUCAAAUGCCGCAAGAAUCACCCAGAUAUUGUGGAGCUGCUGGCGAUGUGCCCCUUUAAUGCCCACCACCAGGUCUGCAGAGCAGAGAUCAGCCAACACAUAUCCAGCUGUGAUGACAAAAGAUUCAUUGAGCAGGACACUGCAAGUCAGUCGGGCAACUACAGAAAAGAACCCAAUGUAGUAAGCACAUGGCAGUCUCUUCCAUGCAAAGAACACUGGGACAAAGAUUUAGGAGACGAAUCGAAGUCUGUUUUCAUCUGACAUGAGACAAACAGUUCAACCAUGGGACAUAAGAACCAUCUGCCUUCAGGUAUCCGAGUCCCCAGGUCCUUGUCGUAUGUCCUGCCAUGGAAGAGCAGUGCGCGAAAUUGA